AUGGUCACGCUGACCACCCCUGCAAGGAUGGGCUGUGUGAAAUCCAAGGAAUUUGGCCUGCCUGGCAAGAUCUGGAGAGCCAAUUCUGGCACCAGCCUUCAGACUCAUUAUGUGAAAGAUCCCACGUCUGUGAGCCAUGGCAGCAAACCGUUCAGUAAGAUGCAGCCCCUGGGAACGGAUGGUAUGUAUGGACUGACUGAUUGUGGGCAGCUUCUGAUGUCCGUGGUCCAGGCUUGCGGCAAAGAGGUCCACCUGACGGCAAAGGCGCACUUGCCUGUUCCCGCAGGAUCAGAAGACUUCAUCGUCCUGGCCCUUUAUGACUACGAUGCCAUCCAUACAGAGGACCUCAGCUUCCAGAAGGGGGAGCAUCUCAAAGUCCUCGAGGAGUCAGGCGAAUGGUGGAGAGCGAAGGCCCUGUCCACGGGACAAGAAGGCUACAUCCCCAGCAAUUACGUUGCCCGAGUGAACUCGCUGGAGACCGAGGAGUGGUUUUUCAGAGGUGUCAGCCGGAAAGAUGCCGAGCGACAGCUGCUGGCUCCUGGGAACGUGAUCGGCUCCUUCAUGAUCCGAGACAGCGAGACGAGCAAAGGGAGCUACUCUCUGUCCGUGAGAGAUUUUGACAACCAGAACAAAGUGGACAUCGUGAAACAUUACAAGAUCCGGACGAUGGACAGCGGCGGCUUCUACAUCUCCCCCCGCAACAGCUUCAACACCCUCCAGGAACUGGUCAGCCACUAUAAGGGACAGAGUGACGGGCUGUGCCAAAAGCUGUCUAACCCCUGCGUUGCGCCGAAGCCUCAGAAACCUUGGGAAAAAGACGCCUGGGAAAUCCCCCGGGACUCGCUGAAGCUGGAGAAGAAGCUGGGAGCUGGGCAGUUUGGAGAAGUCUGGCUGGCCGUCUACAACAAGCACACAAAAGUUGCCGUGAAAACCAUGAAGCCGGGGAGCAUGUCUGUGGAAGCCUUCCUGGAAGAGGCCAACAUCAUGAAGACCCUGCAGCAUGACAAGCUGGUGAAGCUGAACGCCGUAGUAACCAAGGAGGAGCCCAUUUACAUCAUUACUGAAUUCAUGGAGAAAGGCAGCUUGCUGGAUUUUCUGAAAAGCGAUGAAGGACACAGCCAGCUACUCCCAAAACUGAUAGACUUCUCUGCCCAGAUAGCGGAAGGCAUGGCUUAUAUUGAGCAGAAAAACUACAUCCAUCGGGAUCUGAGAGCGGCCAAUAUCCUGGUGUCGGGAAUGCUGGUGUGCAAGAUAGCCGAUUUCGGCUUGGCCAGAGUGAUUGAAGAUAACGAAUACACAGCCCGGGAAGGUGCCAAGUUCCCCAUCAAGUGGACGGCGCCCGAAGCUAUCAACUACGGCUGUUUCACUAUAAAAUCUGACGUCUGGUCCUUUGGUGUUCUUCUAAUGGAGAUCAUCACAUAUGGACGGACCCCAUAUCCAGGGAUGUCAACACAGGAAGUGAUGCGCGCCAUCGAGCGUGGCUACCGGAUGCCGCGCACAGAAGGCUGCCCGGAGGAGCUGUACGAAAUCAUGAUGCGGUGCUGGAAGAGCAAGCCGGAGGACCGACCGACAUUUGAGUACAACCAGAGUGUCCUGGAGGAUUUCUUCACCGCCACAGAAAGCCAAUACCAGCAACAGCCCUAG